UCGAUUUGGGGGAAAAGAACUUUCUAGUUUGAUCACUGUUAAGAUCUCAAGGACGUGUUUAAACGUACAAUAUCUUAUAUACUACAAACCCGUCUAGUUAAUUUAUUAUCACAUUUGUGUACAUGUGUAUCUCAUCGACAUUGUAUUAGACUUCAGAAUACAACAGUUUUAGUGCAGUCUCUGGAAGAAUGAAAUUACUUUCGCUGUUGUGGAUGUUCACACUUAUGCCAGAUAUUUUAAGUCAGUGCACCUCUAAAGGAGACAUUGUUUUCUUAAUGGAUGAAUCUGGAAGCAUCGGGGCAGCAAAUUUCGAAAAAAUGAAGUCUUUUGUGAAUGCAGUCAUUUCUAACUUUCAAAUAGGAACCACCGCCAAUCAGUUCAGUGUAGUUACAUUUGAUUCCACCCCCAGUCAAGUUUUUCAACUAGACAAAUAUCUUACCAAUUCAUCACUCCAAAAUGUAGUUUCCGCAAUUAAUUUUACCGGCGGUGGGACAGACAUAGGAGAAGCGCUAGACUUCGCCAGAAAUUACUCUUUCCUAUCUUCCAGUGGUGCCAGAAGUGAUGCAGCUAAAAUAGUUGUCCUCAUCACAGACGGUCAAAGUUCGAUUUCAAACGAAGGUGAUCAACUGAAGGCUGUCGGCGUGACUGUUUUUUGUGUCGGAGUUGGAUCAGGCGUGAAUUCGGCUGUUUUGAGAAGCAUCUCUACCCACAACGACUACACAUAUCUAACGUCAUUUGACUUAUUGACUUCUUUAGCAAGCGCCAUAUCAAGUGGAACUUGUGCUGAUGAUAUUGAUGACUGUCUAUCGAAUCCCUGUAUGAAUGGUGGGACCUGUGAGGACCGAUUUGGAGAGUACCUGUGUCAUUGUCCAAGUGGCAUUACCCAUCCAAACUGCGAAGUACCAGGUUUACCAACCGUUGCAGUUGGACAGAGCAUGACAGUGUCAGUCGGUUCCCCUGCAAUCAUCUAUUGUACAGUCAGCGGAAGUGUUCUGUCAGUGUUUUGGCAAUAUCAAAAAUCAGGAGUCACAACAAAUGUGGAUAUAACAAACACAACUAAAUAUAGUGGAUCCACUCCUACCAGACCAUCGUUAACAAUAUAUAACGUACAAAUCUCAGAUGUCGGAAACUAUCGCUGUCUGGCAAUAAACUCCAUCGGUACAGGACAGAGUCCUACAAUGGCUUACUUGGAUAUAAUUAGCAGCAACUCAAUGGUCACAGCCUUUUGGGUUGUAUCUGGUUCAAGUGUGACUUCAACAGAAGACUCAACUGUAACAUUAACGUGCGUAUUUUACGGAGCAACUUUGACUUCUAUUCAGUGGCAAUAUGAACAAAGCACUGGCACAACUACAAUUAUAGACACGACCAACUCAGUCAAAUACAAUACACCUACGGUAAGCUCUCCAUCUUUAAUCAUAAGAAGUGUGACGUCAGCAGAUACAGGGUACUACCGUUGUGUGGGAAACUCUAUCAACGGUCAACAGGAAACUGGGCGACUCUACCUUCGAGUCACAACAGUGGAACAAGGUCAAUGUGACCAAUUUGACUGCAAUGUGUUAAGUAAUUGUGAGGUAACCGAUGGUACCCCAUCCUGCGUAAUCAGUUCAUGGAAGGUGGCCCUAGUGGGCGUGUUCAGCGUUAUUGCGGUAGCUGGGGGCGCGACCUUACUGUCAAUGACAGCAUUAAAGGUCUAUAAGAGGUACAGCUCCACCCAUUUGUUUGAUUACGCAAUUCAUCAGUACAUAGAAAAAGAUCUAGGACAACAGAAGAUGUCGUUCGACCCCCGUGUUUUGUACUGAGCACAAAACGCAUUUCACCCAUAAAUAGGCUUUAUUCAUUUAUAAGAUGUCAGUAGAUGUUAGUAGGUGGUUGUAUUUUUUUUUAUAGUGCCUUAAUUAA